AUGGAGUGUAAGCCUUUAUCCACACCUAUGGAAACAAAUUUGCACAAACUCAAAGUUGAAGCAGAAGAGUCUGAACCUAUUGAUCCUACAUUGUAUAGAGAAAUUGUUGGUUCUCUUAUGCACUUGGUGAACACUAGACUUGACAUCUGUUAUGCAACCAAUGUUGUGAGUCACUUUAUGUGUGAGCCCAAGAAAAUUCACUUAAUGGCAGCUAAGCAUAUCUUGAGAUAUCUACGAGGAUCUAUUGGAUUUGGGCUAAACUAUGAACAGGUAGAAAUCAAUCUUCAAGGAUAUUCUGAUUUUGAUUGGGCUGGAAGUACGACGGAUCGGAAAAGCACUACAGGGUGUUGCUUCAAUCUUGGAUCGGCUAUGAUUUCCUGGUUCAGUCGAAAACAGUCAGCAGUAGCAUUAAGCUCCACUGAAGCUGAAUAUAUGGCAGCAUCCAUGGGAGCACGUGAAGCUAUCCAAACACAUUGA